AAGGCAGUGGACGAUGGCCGACGAAGGUCGGCCAUCGCGACGUUCGAGACAGACACACAGAUCCUCGGGGCUCCGCGCUCCCCUGUUGUGUGGAGUAUGCCUUUGCUUGCUUGAAUGCAGCAAAGCGACGAGCGCCAAACCCUAGAACUACGUCUCCUUGCAAUCUUCGAUCUCUGCCUCCAUCCCUUGGGUGUAGGAGCAGUUUGCUUAUUCCUGCUAAUUCUCGCCCUCCUUUUCUGCCCACUUGCAGGAGGAAUUUCCGAUUCGCCAUGCUGGUUCUGGAGCUCGUGAUGUGCAGAGUCUGAGCUAUGGAGUUUGUGUGAGGGACAAUUUCAGAUCGAGCGCAACCGCGGCAUUUCGAGCCGUCGAUUGGUCUACCACAUUGUAUUCUUUUGUGUGGAUUUUGGUGCCGGGCUAAGAAGGGGCGAGAUACAGCGGGGCGGGGAAUUGUGUUGCGUGAGUGAUGGAUGCGCAACACGCUCUGAAAGGGCGGCAGAAGCUUGAGGACUUGCGUCGCAAGAAAGCAGCGGCAUUGUCAGGUAAUGGUGCCCAAGGGGAGCUGGAAGCGAUGACAAUUCGAGUUCAAAAUCUAGAGGAAAAGUUACAACAAGUAGAAGCAGAACGGGAUUUAUUACGUAAGCAAAAGGAAGAGGCUUCGAUGAGAGUUGAGAGCCUUCAAGAUGAUCUUGAUAGAGCUCGCGGUCAAGUUUCUCAAGAUGAGAAAACUGUGACAAUGUUGCGAAAAUCCCUUGACACUAUUACUAUGGAGCGAGAUGCUGCAUUUAUAUCACGGGAAGACAUGGUUGCGCAACUACGGCUUACGAAGAGAAGAUUGCAAGAGGCAGAGGAAGAACAAUAUAAGGCUGAAGAGGACGCGGCAGCUUUAAGGGCUGAAAUUAAGUUGCUUCAGGCAAGUGAGGAUCAAUCUGAAAGUCUGGGGGCUGUGGCAGAGCAACUUCGAGUUGCAGAGCAACAUAAUAAUGAUUUGCAAAAGGAGCUCCAGGAGGUGAUGUUGAGACUUCAGCAAGAGCAACAGAGGGUAUCAAUGGAACGUCAAAGAUCUGCCAACAUAAGUGCCAUCAACGAAGACCUUCAAAAUGAGCUUGUGAUUUUGAAUACCAAACUUGCUGAGAUGGAAGAAUCUAAGAAAACCCGCAGCAGUGUGACCGUUCCAUUCACUGAAUCGGCACUUGCAGAUUCAGCAACAUCUACAGGUGGCUUGGCUUCUGAGACAAAACUAUUGUCCGAUGAGAUAGCCAAGGAAGAGAAAGCUGCUCUGGAGACAAAGCUUCGAGAGCUCGCUGAUAUGGUUGAGCGGCAAGAAAAUGGUCGGCAGCUUUUACUUGCUGAGAUAGACAAACAGUCUCUAGAAAUAGAACGGUUGUUUGUCGAAAAUGAAGGUUUAAGAGCAAGCGUGAAGCAAACAACUGAAAUUGCAGCACGGUGGGAAGCUCAGGUGCAAGACUGUUUACUGCAAAACAAUGCACUGCGGGUUUUGUUGAAUCGAUUACGCCUAGAGCAAUCUUCUACGAUUCCUUUCUCUGAAAUUGGGACUUCAGGCGCAGAGGUCCAUGUUGAAGAUGGUGGUUCUGAUAACAAAUCUGCAUCAGAGAACUGGCCGGCUGAAAGAACCAAACUCAAGAUUGAGUUGGCCGAAGCAUUAGGAAGAUCUGAGGAACUGAGUGCACAGAUGGCGCAACAGUCGGCUGAUCUGACUCGUGCUGUCCAGGCAUUAACAAGUCUCAGCAGUUUGUACAAACCUGUUUUAUCGAGCAUUGAAAACCGGUUAAUGCAAAUUCGUCAGGAGGCGCCCGAUAUUAUUAAUGCUGACAUCUGAGUUUUAGUUAUAUCGGUCGUGGCAAGGGCUCAGAGGCUCAAACAUCAAUUCAUCUUAGUGUAAUCAGCUGAACUGCUGCUAGUUUACUUGCAAUGAAAGUGGUCGUCGGCAUCAGUAAUUAAGAGGACACCAUGCUACGUAGUAGGUUGAAGCGAUUCUUUUGAAUGAAUCAGUUACAACUGCACUGUACCUACGUCACAUGUGCAGGGCGCUGUCUAAUUGGUUUUUAUGUCAUGAGCUUUUUUUCAAACGCGAACAAAGGUGAACGAGUGAGGCAGCGGCAUUGGCAACACAAA